AUGACAAACAUUCCGGAUGAUUAUUUGGAGAGAGUUUAUGCUGGGGUGCUCGGAAAACUCAUCGGUGUGUAUGUCGGACGGCCCUUUGAAGGUUGGACGCACCAAAGGAUAGUUGAAGAGCUUGGCCAUAUUCGAGGCUACGUUCAUGAAAAGGUUGGCGAUCCUCUCGUCGUCACUGAUGACGAUGUCUCAGGCACAUUUCAGUUCGUCAGGGCACUAGAGGAGCAUGGCUAUUCACCCGAAAUAUCAUCCGAGGACGUUGGCAAAACAUGGUUGAAUAACGUUAUUGAACAUCGAACUAUAUUCUGGUGGGGAGGCCGAGGCAUGUCGACAGAACACACUGCGUUUUUAAAUUUGAAGCGAGGAAUACCUGCACCACUUAGCGGCGCCAUUCGAACAAACGGCAAAACUGUUGCCGAACAGAUCGGUGCACAGAUAUUUAUCGAUGGCUGGGCUUUGGUGGCUCCAGGCAAUCCUAAACUGGCUGCUAAACUUGCACGCGCUGCCGGUUCGGUAAGCCAUGAUGGCGAAUCUGUAUAUGCAGCUCAACUGUGGGCUGCAAUGGAAGCAGAGGCUUUCAUCUCAAAAGAUAUCAAUCACGUUCUCGACGUUGGCCUUUCUGUCAUUCCUAAGGAGUCUCUCGUUGCCCGUGUAAUAGGGAAAGUUCGAGAAUGGGUCGCAGAAGAUGGAGAUUGGAUGAAGACUCGUCAGCAUAUAGAGGAUUCAUAUGGUUAUGACAAGUUCCACGGAGUUUGUCACGUUAUUCCUAACCAUGCCAUUAUGAUAAUGGCUGUACUUUACGCCAGUAACGAUUUUGAUGAAGCUAUGCACAUUAUCAAUACCUGUGGCUGGGACACAGAUUGCAAUUCUGGUAAUGUGGGCUGUCUUGUUGCCACAAUGCUCGGGCUCUCUGCAUUCCAGGGACCGUAUGACUGGCGAGGUCCUUUGGCAGAUCGUGCUCUCAUCUCAAGCGCGGAUGGUGGAUAUUCUAUCAACAAUGCUGUCCGAAUCUCAUAUGAUAUUGUCAACAUUGGUCGACGUUUGGCUGGUUAUAAUGCACUUGAGCCUCCUAAGGCUGGUGCCCAAUUCCACUUUAGCCUUCCAGGGAGUACCCAGGGCUUUCAACUUUUACAGCCGUCUGGUUCGGAGCAGAGUAUUUCAGCUACGCUGCAGCAACGAAUUGACAGCUCUCAUGGUCCUGGACUAGCUGUUGAUGUGGAGAAUUUAGGUCAGGGCCAAGGCGAACUUGAGGUCCUUACUCAGACCUUUACUCCUAAAGAGGUUUUGUAUAUGAAGACAUAUGAGUUGAUGGCAUCACCACUUGUAUAUCCAGGACAGACGGUUACAACCAAAAUUCGGGCCAGCGGUGAGGGCGAUGGCAAGGUAGUCGUCGGGCUGAGACUGAAGGCAUAUAGUGAGAACGACGAAUUGGUCGCAAUCGAUGGACCAUCUACUAUUCUGAACCCUGGAGAAGAAUGUUCUUUGAUUUGGACAAUUCCAGAUGAGAUGGAUAGCCAGCCCAUUCAAAAAAUUGGUAUCGUCCUAAAUCCCGGUGCAUCAAAUUCCUAUAGAGGUACUGUUUGGCUUGACAGUCUCUCUUGGACCGGUGUGCCAAAUAUGGUACUUCAGAAACCCCCGCAGAAAUCAUGCGAAUUUUGGCACCGAGCCUGGGUCAAUGGUGCCGAUAAUUUCAGCAAAUCAUCAUUCCUUAUUGCCCAAGGGCAGGGCGAGGGCAUUAUUAUCUACGGCACGCGAGAGUGGGAUAACUACAGUGUCACGAUUCCCAACUUCAUGAUCAAGUUUGGUGCUCCAGCUGGUAUAGGCAUCAGAGUCCAAGGUCUCAACCGUUACUACGCGGUAUUUUUCACUGAGGAUAAAAGAAUUACCUUAGUCAAAGCACUGGAUGCGGAGAGAAUUGAACUCGCAAGCGAGGCGUUUCCAUGGGAACUGGAUCAGAAGUAUAGAGUGAUACUGACGGCUUGCGAUGACCUGAUUCAAGUUCGUGUUGGCGAUGUGGAAUUACAGAUUACCGAUAGUCAGUAUACCUCUGGAGGUAUCGGACUAAUCGCAACGGAUGGGUGUGUGUCGGCAGAUUCUUUUAUCAUUGCGCCGAGUCUCUCGACUUAA